UCAUGCUGCUGCCAGGUCCAGAGUCUGUCAUGGGUCCCUGUACGGCCUCCCAUUGCUGCUGUCUCCAUCGCCACACUCUGCCAUGUGCCACUUUCAGGUCUCCUCACACUGCUGGUGUGUUCCAUUUUUUGUCAUAGGGUGCUGGCAGAUUACGGGCCUCCCAUAGCUGCUGCCAGGCCCCUAAUCUGCCAUGGGCCCCUAUACCGCCUCCUCAUGCUGCUGCCAAGUCCAGAGUCUCUCAUGGGUCCCUGUACGGCCUCCCAUUGCUGCUGUCUCCAUCGCCACACUCUGCCAUGUGCCACUUUCAGGUCUCCUCACACUGCUGUGUGUAGAAUUUUUUUG